CUUUACAAUAAUUUCCAGAUGAAUGACACUUUCCAACAACCUGGCAGAUGGCAUGAUUUCAUACUCACACCCGAACAUCGUCCAGCAUCUGAGCCGCUUACACACAUCAUGUCCUACACCAUAAAGAAUCUACAUCCGGGCGCUUACUAUGAGGCGAUUGUGCAGGCUAAGAAUCGUUACGGCUGGAAUGAGGUUAGCGAUAUUUUUCAAUUUAUUGUUGCCAGCAACAAUGUGGAUAUACCACCUGAGGAUGCUGAAGUGGUUGCCAGCUCGAAAUCACGCAGCAACGGUGGCCUCGGCUUGCAGCCGCUCUCCCUACAAUUUAUUGCGUUCAACGCGUUGCUUGCGGUUCUACUGAUUAUCAAUCAAAGCAGACGUGGAUUUUGUUUCGGAUAA